AACGAAAUGAAAACAAGUCUCCAAUCGUGGCGGUCAUGGCCACACACCAUGCACUUUUUUACAGACUCUUUCUCCUUCUCCUUCUCCACUUUUUCUUCCUUUCUGUUUCAAUCAUUUUCUAUAUAGAAAAAAAACAUACUCUCAGCAAAAAUCGCAUCUCCCCUUUUGGAUUUUGAUUUCGACAUUAACCACACUCAAUCUCUUGCUUCCUUCCCAAACUUCAGAUUCCUCUCAGCCUCAAAGCUCCUUUCCUUUUUCUCUCAUCAAUUCUGCGCUCAAAAGCUUAACCCUUUCUUAGCUUUUACAAAAAUGCGAUCCCCUUCUUUUAAGAUUCCCCCAUUUUGUUCUCCUUCUCUCUUUUAACUCUUUCUGUGAGUAAAGUUUUUCACUUUUUGUUCCUUUCUUCCAUUUUUCCCAGCUGGGUCGGUCCGUUGAUCUUCCCCUUUUCCCCUCUUAAAUUUUCUCGAAAGUUGUGAAAGAGAACAAGAGGAUUUAAACUGCAUUGGAGCAUAAGGUGCUCAACUAUGGGGGAUCACUUUGUGUUGCUGGUUGAUCGGUUGCUUACUGAAUCCACAUUGGAAGCUGCUCUUGAAAGCCAAAAUCGUUGGAUGCAGGCUGCAUCCUCAGCCGUGAAUGAUGCACAGGUUGAUCUCUCUUUGAUGAAGACGGGUCUAGGUGAUAUAAAAUCUCCCAGGAAACUUGUAGAAUGCAGGAUAUGUCAUGAUGAAGAUGAAGAUUCUAAUAUGGAGUCACCCUGCUUCUGUUGUGGUAGUUUGAAGUAUGCCCACCGGAGAUGCAUACAACGAUGGUGUAAUGAGAAGGGUGACACCACCUGUGAGAUAUGUCAUCAGCAAUUCAAGCCUGGUUAUACAGCUCCUCCUCCACUGUUUCAAUUUGGACGUAUUCCAAUGAGUUUCAGGGGAAAUUGGGAGAUUUCAAGAAGAGACUUAAAUAGUACUCACUUGGUCAGCAUGGUUUCUACCGAUCAGAAUCUUACCAAUUCCAACUAUGACCAGUAUUCAGCUUCCCCUACUGGAAGUUUGAUAUGCUGCUGUUCGGUCGCUGUCAUUUUCAUGGUUCUACUAAUUUUAAGACACACUCUUCCCCUCCUAAUCAGUGAGAAUAAGGAUUAUUCUUUCCCCCUCUUUAUGCUGCUAUUGUUUCGGAUUGCUGGAAUCGUCCUGCCUAUAUACUUCAUGGUCAGAGCAGUGACAUUGAUCCAGAGACAUCGGCGACAACAUCGAGAUCAUCCCAAUGGCUUGGUCACACUAUCUGAUGAUGAAAAUGAGCACACGGUUUUGCAGCCUCAGCCUCAUGUUAUACGUGUACUGUGAAAAUGCUUUAGCCGUUUGAAGCAAAUGUUGCAUGAAAUGUUGGAUGGAGAGAAGUUCUUUGAUCGAGUUUUCUGAGAAAUACAUUGAAAUUCUAAGGCUCAAAAGUGUUCAUAUCUAUUGGGAAGACUUGGCAAAAGCAAGUUCUACAUAUGCACAAGUUUCUGCUUAUAUAUAUAUCGAGAUUCUUAAUAUCGCAACAAUAUCUUUCAGUGUAUAGAUAGAUAGAAAAUUUAUGUAGAGAAAUUUGCUUGAGUAGAUAACAAUAUCAAAGAUGGAUUUCUUGUACAUAUCGCAAUGAAAACAGGCUUAUUUUCAGAUUUUUAUA